UGCUUCAAUCUUUGAUGUCAGAAUAUCUGAUUUUGUGCUCAAAGAUUUUGAGUCUACCGUCAGGAAUUGAUCUGUUCUUAUGGACCAGCUACGUGUUAUCGUCGGAUCAAAAACAAGCCUUACCCAAAUUCGCGCUAUUCAUUUUUUGGUUUCAAAUGAAUAGUAACUUUGCUGGGUUUCAACUAAUUUUUUUGAAAUGUAGCAUCCAAUUCGAAACCUAAUUGGGUUGGGUGGGUGCCUUUUUUUUGGAAAAAUGAACUUCCAAUUUUUACGAGCUGAAAUUGGGAGAAAGAGGUGUGGUGUGGAUGAGGUUUUCAUUCCUGGGCUUUCUGUUGAAAGAUCGGAGAUGCUUCACAACUCUGGUGUACUCUGCUAUCUUGGGAUGUCCAAAACAAAACUCUGUGUCCUUCUGGGCUGCUUCUUCUUGUCUUCAGCGCUUGUUGGAGCACAAAGUUCCAAAACUCAUCCAGAUGAAGUGAGCGCAUUGCGAACCAUUAAGAGAAGUUUGACAGAUCCCAAUAAAAGUUUGACUAGUUGGAAUCGAGGAGAUCCAUGCACAUCCAAUUGGGCUGGAGUUUCAUGCUCUAAUACAUCCCUAGAUGAUGGCUAUCUGCAUGUCAUAGAAUUGCAACUACUGAAUAUGAAUCUUUCAGGAACUUUAUCACCAGCACUUGGCCGCUUAUCUCGUCUGUUGAUAUUGGAUUUUAUGUGGAACAAAAUUAGUGGGAGUAUACCAAAAGAGAUUGGCAAUAUCACAACCUUGGAGCUCUUGCUCCUGAAUGGGAACCAAUUGAUAGGUUCCUUGCCUGAUGAGCUUGGCUAUCUGCCUAAUCUAGACAGGAUUCAAAUUGACGAGAAUAAAAUAUCCGGACCAAUACCUACAUCAUUUGCAAACUUAAACAAAACAAAGCAUUUUCACAUGAAUAAUAAUUUAAUUAGCGGACAAAUCCCCCCGGAGAUAUCCAAAUUACCAAACCUUGAACACAUCCUUCUUGACAAUAACAAUUUAUCAGGGUAUCUUCCACAAGAGCUUGCCCAAAUGCCGAAUUUAACCAUCCUUCAACUUGACAAUAACAACUUUGAUGGGGCCACUAUUCCAGGAUCAUUUGGAUACAUACCUACAUUGUUGAAGUUGAGUCUCAGGAAUUGCAAGUUGCAAGGAUUAGUCCCUGACCUAAGCGGAAUACCCAACCUUGGUUAUCUGGACUUGAGCUCAAACCAGCUAAGUGGACCCAUGCCUAAAAGUAAGCUCUCUAAUAGUAUCACAACCAUGGAUUUGGAGAACAAUAAGCUUGCCAAUAUUUCUAGCAAUUUUGACCUCCCUCCAAAUGUCACUCUUAGGCUUAAAGGGAAUCCUGUAUGCUUGAAUGGAAGUUUAGUUCAGUUUUGUAAAUCUCAAACUGAGAAUGAAACUAGAACAAGCAUUGCAACAAACUCCACCACCACUGAGUGUAAACCACAAUCAUGCCCUUAUGAGUAUUCCCUAACAUCUCCUUUAGAUUGCUUUUGUGCCGAGCCUUUGCGAAUAGGAUUUCGGUUGAAAAGUCCUGGCUUUUCAGAUUUUAUUCCAUAUAAAAAAAUGUUUGAGGGGUACUUGACUCGAGGUCUCAACUUGUCUAUUUAUCAACUCUAUAUCUAUUCAUUUGCAUGGCAAGAAGGACCACGACUGGGAAUGUAUUUAAAGCUCUAUCCUAUCUAUGAUAACACUACCAACACUCAUUUAUUCAAUCAAAGUGAGAUUAAACAAAUCAAGAGCAUAUUCACUGGAUGGAAGAUCCCUCUUGAUGGCAUAUUUGGACCUGUAGAACUUAUAAACUUCACUUUGUCAGAUGUUUAUAAGAAUGAAUCCAACCUUUCUUUAUCAACAGGCAUAAGUAAAGGUGCAUUGGUUGGCAUUAUACUAGGGACCUUUGCUAGUGCAGUUAUAUUAUCUGUAAUCAUUUCACUUCUUAUAUUUAGACGGCACAUGAGGGGCUAUCAUGUAGUUUCAAAACGACAUCAAGCAUCUAGAGCCUUGUUAAAAAUUGAUGGUGUCAAGAGUUUCACAUAUGGAGAGCUGGCUUCGGCAACAAACAAUUUUGAUAUCUUCACUCAAAUUGGCCAAGGUGGAUACGGAAAGGUUUAUAAAGGCACUCUAGCUGAUGGUAGGAUUGUGGCUAUAAAGCGUGCACAAGAAGGGUCAUUACAGGGUGAAAAGGAGUUCCUAACUGAAAUACAAUUGUUGUCAAGGUUACAUCAUCGAAACCUCGUUUCUUUGGUUGGUUAUUGUGAUGACAAAGGUGAACAGAUGUUGGUGUAUGAAUAUAUGUCUAAUGGCACUUUGCGAGAUCAUCUUUCAGGAAAGAUUAAAGAACCUCUGAGUUUCGCAAGGAGGUUGAGAAUAGCUCUUGGUUCAUCCAAGGGAAUCCUUUACCUACACAUAGAAGCUGAUCCUCCUAUAUUUCAUCGAGAUAUCAAGGCCAGCAACAUAUUAUUGGAUUCUAAAUUUGUCACAAAAGUUGCUGAUUUUGGACUUUCACGACUUGCUCCAAUGCCAGAUAUUGAAGGUGCAGCGCCUGCUCAUGUGUCUACUAUUGUAAAGGGGACUCCAGGUUAUGUUGAUCCAGAGUAUUUUUUAACGCAAAAGUUGACAGACAAGAGUGAUGUAUAUAGCCUUGGUGUUGUGUUUUUAGAGCUUUUAACAGGGAUGCAACCAAUUUCACAUGGGAAAAACCUUGUUCGAGAGGUUAACAUUGCAUAUCAAUCUGGUAUAAUAUUCUCGAUUAUUGAUGGAAGAAUGGGUUCAUAUCCUUCUGAAUGUGUGGAGAAGUUUGUGAAUUUGGCCAUAAAAUGUUGCCAAGACGAGACAGAUUCAAGACCUUCGAUGGCAGAGGUGGUCCAGACUCUAGAAACUAUAAGGCUGAUGAUGCCAGGGUACUCUGACCCCUUACUAGUAGAAUCCAUGGAAGGUGACUCAGGAAAGACAUCUACUACUCCACCUUCGUCAUCCUCUAUGGUGAAGAAUUUGUACACAUCGUCAUAUGUUUCUGGUAGUGACCUUAUUAGUGGAGCGAUUCCCACCAUCACGCCUAGAUAAGAUAAGACCAUAUAACACAACCUGCUCCAGCUCUGAUAAGUCUCUAACUCUUACUAUUGUUGUAUAUUUGUAUUGGUUUCCUCAUUUCUGCUACUGCAUAGUCAGUGUUUUACACCACUAGGCUACAUCAUUCAUCAUUUGCGUAAAAUACAAAAAUGCCUUUUGU